CUCAACACACGCCGUCUCAGAAUGUCGUCAAAAGCUGGGGUCUAUGUUCUGCUGUCGGUGCUCCAGUUUCACAGCGCCCUGUGCUUUACUAGCCCCAAGCGGGCCUGGCAACUCGGGGAUAAGGCCGGGGCCUAUGAAGUGGAGUCAAACGCAGAUGCUGUACACCCUAAACUGACUGAUCCGAUAAUGGUAGGAUCCGGUCACCCCUCUCUUACUUACAAGGCCUUCAGUUUUGAUGGAACCGAUGACUACGUUAAGGUCUUGAUGAACAAUGCGGACCAGUUCAAAAAGUUCUCGAUAUUCAUGCUUGUGUAUCCGACAACAACGUCGGGGACACUCGUCCAUUACAGAUACACUUCAGGGGGAACGGAUGGGAUUGACGAGAUUGUCAUCAGCAUCGACAGUGGUCAAGUUAAAUUUAAAACGCUUUAUAACAGUAACGACUGGACUUUCACUCACCCUACAAGCAUCACUUUGGAUGCGUGGCACAGUGUUGUGUACAAGAGGGAUAUGGACAGUGGGACGAUUCAUCUUGACCUUGACGGUAGCUCCAGUACCCACAAUGCAGCUCCAAAAGACACAGUUGAAUAUCUUGGCACCCCAGGAGAACUAUGGCUGGGGAAGAAUAUUGACAGCGGUAACUUCUUCACGGGGAAAAUAACGUGUGUUGUGUUCUAUGACGACCUUUUUCCAGAUACUGCAAAAUCGGAGGCGUACAGUAAAUGCAAUGGACUUACCUCAUCCUCAGGUAAGCCACAGAUUCUAUAG